AGAGGAUGUGGGGCAGAGAGGAGAGCAGAUUGAACACUCCCAGAACUGGGGUCCCUCGAGAAGAGAGAGAAACGACUCCGCAGAAGCCAACCGAAGACGUGAAGCUUCGGGAAGCGCCUAGGGCGCUGAGCCGGUGAGUGGAACGGGGCCUUGAGAGAUGACACCUGGAUGAGGUGGGAUCCGUGUGUUUCAGGCUGGAUUGCCCCCUCCCCAAAUAGACACGGUCAGACAGGCAGCCCAGGAGAUGCUGUGGUGGAGGAGGACAGCUGUGUUCGCAGGAGAAGCUUUCUUGCUGUGUUUGUGUCACCCAGACUCAGAAGCACAAGGUGGAGACUUUUUGCCCGUGCUGUGACUAUCUCCCUGGCGCAGGCGCGGCCUGCGUGCCGCUCCGUCCGGCCAGCAGAAGAUCAGGCUCUGUUCUUCCCCAGGGUGAGGAUGGGCGCAUGAGGGUCCGGGGGCUGCGGCCCUGGCGCAGCGUGUGGACCCCGGCCUGGCCGAGACGACGCGGGCAGCAUGAGCCUCCUUGGCGCUGGCACCCUUGACCUGGACUACACCUCCGGACGGGUCCGCGGGGUUCUGGCGGCCGCCGGCUGCGCCUUCUACCUGGGCGUCUUCGUGGUCUGCCACUGGCUGUCCUCCCUGAAUGCCACCUACCGCUCGCUGGCGGCCCGCGAGCAGGUCUUCUGGAACCUGGCGGCCGCACGCGCGGUCUUCGGUGUCCAGGGCACCGUGGCGGGGCUGUGGGCGCUGCUGCUGGACCCCGUGCUCCAGGCCGACAAGGCGCUUGGCCAGCAGGACUGGUGCUGGUUCCACAUCACCACGGCGACCGGCUUCUUCUUCUUCGAGAACCUUGCCCUUCAUGUGUCCAACGUGCUCUUCCGCACCUUCGACGGCUUCCUGGCCGUGCACCACCUGUUUGCCUUCCUGGGGUUUCUCGGCUCAGCGGUCAACCUCCAAGCCGGCCACUACCUGCCCAUGGUCACGCUGCUCCUGGAGAUGAGCACGCCCUUCACCUGCAUCUCCUGGAUGCUGCUGAAGGCCGGCUGGGCGGACUCACGGCUCUGGAGGCUGAACCAGUGGGCGAUGGUGCACCUUUUCCACUGCCGCAUGGUGCUCACCUACCACAUGUGGUGGGUAUGCCUGGGCCACUGGGCCGGCCUGGCCCGCAGCCUCUUCCCGCCCCACCUGGCGCUCUUCGUGGUCGGCCUGGCCCUCCUCACGCUGCUCAUCAACCCCUACUGGACCCGCAAGAAGACGCAGCAGCUGCUCAACCCAGUGGACUGGAACUUCGCACCCAGCCGCCCCAACGGGCCGGCGCCGCCCAAGAAGGCCAGGUAGCAGCCUCGGCCCCCAGCCCGCGGCCUGCAGUCAUCCCCCCACCCCUGCCUCCGAUGCCGACCCUGGGCAUGCGUGCCCUGGGCGUGCGUGCCUGCCGCGUGGUGCCGGGUGGCCUGGAGCCGAGGUGCCCAGGGACAGCGUCCCGCCCGGCCUGUGCGCAGGCUCCCACGGAGGGCCGUGGGGCAGCCCCUGAGGCAUCCCUGCAACCUCCUCAUGGCCCUGCUCGCAGCGGCAGGAGAGAAGGCCCCCAGGUCGUCACCCCAUCACGGUGGUCCUGGGGCCGCCGAGAGGGCUUCUCCCUGGCGAAGCUUAUCCAAGCCAGAAUUUUGCUUCCCUUUUGUGUGUCUCUGCUGACACUGGAGGGAGAUGUGAGUCAUCACUUGUCGAGAUGUGAGAGCUGCUUUUAAUAAAGUGUGCAGCCCGCCCCUUACUCCUAAUCGCUGUAGGUUUUGAGUCAGGGAGCCAUCAGGGGGACCUGGCCCCAGUGGUGCUGAGCUGUGGGCCCCCUUCCUUCCUCCUGGUGACCAGCCCUGCCGCCACCCUCACGUGUUGGCCCCACGGUUUAAUCGACAGUGCUGACAUCUUAUUCUUGCCAUGAAUGUGCAAUUAAAAUGAAAAGCUUGUA